AAUCCUGAAUAAGGCUCCCUUGUUUAUUUAACCCCUCCUCUCUCUUAUCUUCUCCAUCCAAAACCCAAAAAUACUCGAGCAAUCCAAACUUCAUAUAUUUUAUCUCUGUCUCUCUUCAAAUGGGAUAUGCAGUGUUUCCAUGCUUCCAUCAAAGCUCAAGAUCUUCAGUGGUGAAGCUAAUCUUCUGGGAAGGAACCACAAGAAUCUUAACGGGCAGCAACAAACACAUAGCUGGAGAGAUCAUGUUUCAGAAUCCAGACAAAAUGGUCUGCCAUGCAGAUUCUUUCUUCAUUGGUCAUCCUGUUCCAUCCCUAGCCAUUGAUGAUGAGCUCAUGCCAGGCCAAACCUACUUUGUCCUUCCAUUAGAUCGCUUUGCAUGCAAUGUUUUGUCAGCUUCUUCUCUUGCAGCCUUCAGCUCUAGCCCUAAACGAACCCCUAUUAAUUUCGGCGAGUCUCCUUUCCAGUACAUAAAGGGUGCUGGGGGUAGGGUUAUGAUUAAGGUUGUGCCAGAAUUCAUAACAAGGCUUAUAAAUAGAGGUGGAGAUCAAGAUCAAACAGGUUCUACUAGCCCUGGUAAUAGUUUUCUUUGUAGCACUCCAGAGUUGAAGAAGCAUUAUGAACAGCUGGUUGGAUCAAAAGAACAAACAUGGUCACCUAAACUUGAGACUAUUUCAGAGUACAAAAUAAGGUACUCUCCCUGCAGGUUUACAAGGUUGAAGUGGAAACAAAACGAGAAGGCAUAAAUUAGUAUUCUACAAUUCCAUGUAGCUAGAGUAUGCAAUUACUUGGAAGAUAGAGAUGGAUUAAACAAACAUACAUUAGUGAUUGAGAAGUCUAAUACCAAAAACUGGUAAUUUUCUCCUUGCAAUUUGAUUAUCAACUGUACAUAAAAUGUGAUCAAAUAUAUUUGUGUUCAAGAGCAA